GAGAAGAAGAGAAAUACACUGACUGAGUGAGAGCAGGGCAACGGUACCAUUGCUGAAGGGAAGCGCACUGACGUUCCCCCUUUGCCGUUACAUGUGAUUCCUAUCACGAAUGCCAGCAGCAUUCGAUUCCGUGGAGGCAGGGUGGCGACUCGUCAAGUCUCAGCUCAACUUGCGGAGCCGUCUGGGGAGGUCGAUGCAGUUUCUCUGGCCGGCUAGUCCCUCUGCAGACUGAUCGCAUAGAGUGCGUGAUCGCAAUGGGUUCAUCGAAGUCGGAUAAUAAAUUAAUUCUCUCAACACCAGCAUCGGAAGAGACCUCGCCUUUCGAUGGCUAAAGCAGCAGAUGCGCGAUCCUCAGGGGCACACAUAGUGGAUAUCCCGAUAACGAAGCUUUUCAGCAAACAGGGCGUGAGGUAUGCACGAGUUCCUACCGAGGAUUGUGAACAAGGCUUCAAAGAUAUUCCUCUGACUUCAGCUCCAGGGAGACGCUCCGGUCUCUUGAGGCUCCUUGGGCAGCUAGCUUGCAUAGGCUGUUUCUUAGUGGGACGGAAAUGCGGACCUACCCUGCUGGUGGCUCUGAUCGUUUACAUUUUCUUUAGUGGUUAUUUGGCUCUAGCCGUCAUCCUGGCGACCUCGAUGCGAGCUCUCUACAACCUCUGCGACACGCUACUGUAUCAUCCCGAGCAGCCAGAAACGUCGCGAAGUCAUGUAGACCUGCCGUUAAUAUACAACCUCCCCUUCGAAGAUGUCACUAUCAAAACAUCGGAUAAUAUUCGAAUACAUGGCUUCCUCAUCAAGCAAGCCGACUUCGAGAAAGCGCCAACUGUCCUCUAUCUUCAUGGCAACGCAGGCAAUGUCGGACACAGGCUACCACACGCACAAGAAAUGUAUCAUACAACCAAAGUGAAUCUAUUGCUCCUAGAAUACAGAGGCUAUGGGCGGAGUGAGGGCCAUCCUUCCGAGAACGGCUUGUAUAAAGACGCCCAAGCCGGCAUCGAAUUCCUAUUCAAUCAUCCGGCUGUGAAUAAAAAGCUGAUCCUGGUGUUCGGCAGGAGCUUGGGAGGGGCCGUGGCCAUAAAUUUAGCGAGUCACCAAAGAUACGCCUCGAGAUUAGCGGGUCUGAUUCUGGAGAACACAUUCACAUCCAUACCGUCAUUGACCAAGGUGAUCAUACCGUACAAAGCUAUCCGUUACGUCCCUCGUCUGUUCUACAAGAACGUCUUCGCUUCCGAAGAUCGAGUCUCACGUGUACAGUGCCCAGUUCUCUUCAUAUCCGGACUCGCGGAUACAUUGAUACCUCCAUCGAUGAUGAAGACCCUUUAUAACAAAUGUGGGUCGAACUUCAAACUCCUCGCAACGUUCGAGAGCGGGAAUCACAACCAGACUUGGCAAUGCAAGGGUUACCUGAAGAUCUGCAUCGACUUCCUCGAAACUAUCAAGAAGGAGGUAGACGAAGAAAACGGUCCGGAACGGACGGUGUGGCCAAUCAACAAACAGAACAUUCAUGUCAUUGCCGACGUCAUCUAGUUAGUUCCACUCGUUUCUCUUGUGAUCCUUAGACUGCUGUUCAUCUUGAUUCCUAUCCUUCGGAGGGCCAGACACGGUUCCGAAACUGUGAACAGCUCUCCCGGAUACUGAGAUCAGACGUUGCCACAGGGGAGAAAAGUGGUGAAUUCCAAGUAUUCACCGUUAUGAUCCGCAAACAGUCAAUCAAACUAUCGAUCUGACGUAACAAUGUACAUGGUUUCCAGUUACUGUGAGGUCGCGCCUCAAAGCGAUUCCCCAAAGAGUUUUCAGCUGUUAAUGGCGCUUUACGGAGAAAGAAUAAAGCAAGUAGUUCGCGGGAUCCGCCGCCGGAAAGCC